AUGUUAAUACUCAAUAAAACAGAUCUAACCCCAGCUUCAUUCAUUCUUAAUGGAGUUCCAGGACUGGAGGACAUACACGUCUGGAUUUCCUUCCCAUUUUGUUCCAUGUAUGUGGUGGCUGUGGUUGGGAACUGUGGACUCCUCUACCUUAUCCGCUAUGAGGACUCUCUGCACAGGCCCAUGUACUACUUCUUGGCCAUGCUUUCUCUAACUGACCUUGUGAUGUGCUCUAGUACGAUUCCAAAAGCCCUCUGCAUCUUCUGGUUUCAUCUCAAGGAAAUUGGAUUUGAUGAAUGCUUGGUUCAGAUGUUUUUUAUCCAUACCUUCACAGGGAUGGAGUCUGGGGUGCUCAUGCUUAUGGCCCUCGACCGCUAUGUGGCCAUCUGCUAUCCCCUGCGUUACUCAACCAUCCUCACCAAUCCUGUCAUUGCAAAGGCUGGGCUCGUCACUUUUUUGAGAGGAGUAUUGCUUAUAAUUCCAUUUACUUUUCUCACCAAGCGCCUGCCCUACUGUAGAGGCAAUAUAAUACAUCAUACCUACUGUGACCACAUGUCUGUAGCCAAGUUAUCCUGUGGAAAUAUCAAGGUCAAUGCCAUCUAUGGUCUGAUGGUGGCACUUCUGAUUGGGGGCUUUGAUAUCCUGUGCAUCACAGUCUCCUACACCAUGAUCCUUCGGGCAGUAGUCAGCCUCUCCUCAGCAGACGCUCGGCAGAAGGCUUUCAGCACCUGCACUGCCCAUAUCUGUGCUAUUGUUUUCUCUUACAGUCCAGCCUUCUUCUCCUUUUUUUCUCACCGUUUUGGUGGCCACACGAUCCCACCAUCUUGUCACAUUAUUGUGGCCAAUAUUUAUCUACUUCUGCCCCCUACUAUGAACCCUGUUGUGUAUGGGGUAAAAACCAAGCAGAUACGAGACUGUGUUGUAAGGAUACUUUCAGGUUCUAAAGACAUCAAAUCCCAUAGCAUAUAG